UGUCCUUUUGUACCGACACUUUUUCCGCUUUAACACAACAGUGUCUUCAGACCUCCAACGGUUUCCUUCCUGAGCGGCGUUAAUCUGCACAGAACCGCGAAGACAUGACAAGACACCGGAUUGCGUUCAUAGGCAAUAUUCCAGUCCGUUCCCGUAAAUCGCGUUCUGCUCGCAGUUUACGUGUUAUUGGGAAGCAAACCAUUGUCGUAUAUAUGUCGUGACCCGGUAUAGAAACACAAUGGCGUGAAUGCACUCAAAAGGACGUCUCCCACACGAGUGGACCGCAUAUUUAUCUACAACAGUAUCCCCAUUACGGCAAGGACAAGUGGAUAAAAUGUGUUUCAGAUUCUCAGGAAUUAAAGUGCUGCAUGGAUGACGUUUAUAUGAGACAGUAAGAAUGUUUACCCUCACAGAAGUUGCCUCUCUAAAUGACAUCCAGCCAACUUAUCGGAUACUGAAACCAUGGUGGGACGUCUUUAUGGAUUACCUGGGUGUGGUCAUGCUAAUGCUGGCCAUAUUUGCCGGGACCAUGCAGUUAACCAAAGAUCAGGUGGUUUGCCUUCCUGUUCUGGAAUCGUUGGAGGACCAAACCCCUGUGGCCACGGAAAGGCCACCAGAGAAAGCACUUGGCUCAGGGACAGGAGGAGGCCAUGUGACAUUGGCAGCUGCACCUUUAGCAAGCAAAGAACAAACCGACAGUGUUGUCCAACACUUCCCACAGUCGUUUGCUGUCAAGCAACCUCAGCCUACGGGUUUACGAACAAAUCUGGAUUUUCAGCAGUAUGUCUUUGUUAAUCAGAUGUGCUACCAUGUUGCCCUUCCAUGGUAUUCAAAAUACUUUCCAUACCUAGCUCUCAUUCACACUAUUGUUCUCAUGGUAAGCAGUAACUUUUGGUUCAAGUAUCCAAAGACCAGUUCCAAAAUUGAGCAUUUUGUGUCUAUUUUGGGCAAAUGUUUUGAGUCCCCUUGGACAACCAAGGCAUUGUCUGAGACAGCCUGUGAAGACUCCGAAGAGAAUAAGCAGAGAUUGACUGGAGCCUCUACAUUACCAAAGCAUCUUUCAACCAGCAGUGAGGAGGGAAGUCCAAAUCAGUCCACACCUAUGCUCGCAAAAUCUAGCAUCAAGUUUUCUGCAGAGAAGCCAGUCAUUGAGGUUCCAAGUAUGACAAUACUUGAUAAGAAAGAUGGAGAACAAGCUAAAGCACUUUUUGAGAAAGUGAGGAAGUUUCGCACACAUGUCGAAGACAGCGACAUGAUCUACAAACUGUAUGUAGCUCAAACAAUAAUAAAAACGGUCAAAUUCAUUCUGAUUCUGUGCUACACCAUGACCUUUGUCACGUCCAUUAAAUUCGAUCAUGAUUGUGAGCCUGAUAUUAAGCAUUUAACUGGAUACGCAAAAUUUAAAUGCACCCAUAACAUGGCUUUCAUGUUGAAAAAGCUCCUCGUUAGCUACAUUGUCCUCAUUUUUGUUUAUGGCUUGGUUUGCAUUUACACUCUCUUUUGGCUGUUUAGACGGCCUCUUAAAGAGUACUCUUUUGAGAAAGUGCGAGAAGAAAGCAGUUUUAGUGAUAUCCCAGAUGUGAAGAAUGACUUUGCUUUCCUCCUACACAUGGUGGACCAGUAUGACCAAUUGUACUCAAAACGUUUCGGUGUCUUUCUCUCAGAGGUAAGCGAGAACAAACUGCGGGAAAUCAGCUUAAACCACGAGUGGACCUUUGAGAAACUACGCCAACACGUGACUCGCAAUGCGCAGGACAAGCUCGAGCUGCAUCUUUUUAUGCUCUCGGGCGUUCCUGAUGCGGUCUUUGACCUCACUGAUUUAGAGGUCCUGAAACUAGAACUCAUCCCAGAGGCACGUAUCACAGCGAAAAUCUCCCAGAUGGUCAACCUCCACGAGUUGCACUUUUACCACUGCCCUGCCAAAGUUGAACAGACUGCAUUCAGUUUUCUCCGCGAUCACCUCCGGUGCCUUCAUGUCAAGUUUACGGACGUAGGAGAGAUUCCCACUUGGGUUUACAUGCUGAAGAACUUGAGAGAGCUCUACUUGGUGGGAAACUUGAACUCCGAGAAUAACAAAAUGAUAGGAUUAGAGUCCCUCAGGGACUUGAGGCAUCUAAAGAUCCUACAUCUGAAGAGCAACCUUACCAAGGUCCCGACUAACAUUACGGACUUAUCGCCCCACCUGAUCAAACUUGUGGUUCACAAUGAUGGUACUAAACUCUUGGUGUUGAACAGCCUGAAAAAGAUGAUGAACCUUGCUGAACUGGAGCUGCACAAUUGUGAACUGGAGCGGAUACCGCAUGCAAUUUUUAGUUUGACCAACCUGCAGGAGUUGGACUUGAAAUCGAACAAUAUCCGUACCAUUGAAGAGGUCAUCAGCUUCCAGCACCUCAAACGGCUUAACUGCCUCAAACUGUGGCACAAUAAAAUAAUUUCCAUCCCAUUGUCCAUAAGUCACGUAAAAAACCUAGAGUUCCUCUAUCUGUCACAUAACAAACUAGAGACCUUGCCUACCACUCUGUUCAAUCUUGUUAAACUGAGAUACCUGGAUGUUAGCCACAACUCCAUCGUAGUGAUUCCUCCAGAGGUGGGGUUUCUCCAGAAUCUACAGCACUUUGCCAUCACAGGAAACAAGGUGGAAGUGGUACCCAAGCAGCUGUUCAAAUGCACAAAGUUGCGUACCCUAUCCCUUGGGCACAAUUGCAUCUUGUCGCUGCCAGAGAAAAUCGGGCAGUUGCUGCAGCUGACUCAUCUUGAGCUGAAGGGGAACUGCCUGGAUCGUCUGCCCGCACAGCUUGGCCAGUGCCGACUCUUGCGCCGAAAUGGCCUCAUUAUGGAGGACCACCUUUUUGAUUCACUGCCCCUAGAGGUCAAAGAGAGCAUAAGUCAGGAAACCAGUGCUAAUUUUGCUAACGGAGUGUGAGUGUGGGUCAGGAAAAAACUGGUAAGAUGGUUUUCUGAGUGAACGGAAACAGUGCGCAAAAGGCAGUGUUCUGUUUGUUUUGUUUUUCUUUUUUUUAAAAACCUUUGUUGUUUUAUCCAGGACUGUGGGCGUGAAUGGAUGUUCUAUGUGUAAGGAAUGAGUCCAGUAUCAAAACUUAUGUUAACAUUCAAUGUCUUUUUUUGCACAGGCCAAAACAAAUUGCCGGCAAGCCAAUAUAAAGGUUUGUUAAUUUCAACUAUGCUUAGUGCAUAGAAUUCUUAAGAAUUAUUCAAAUGUUUGAGAUGAUUAUGCUUGUCUGCAUGGGUUUUUGUUCUUUUAAAAUGUUUUUUUUUUUUUUUUCAUUUGCCCAUGUUACAGUUGAAGUAUAAUUCAGAUCACUUUUGUUUUUUGUUCAUUUUCAGUAGCAUUCAUGUUAACAUUUUCACCAGCUGUUAUCUGCACAGACUGCAUCAUAUGCAUUGUGUAUUGUGGUACCAUUAAUGAUUGUAUUUAUUGUUUGGGAGAACCAAGAACAACUGACAUUUUAUUUUAAAGUUAAUCACAACUACUCUACUUGACUAUAAGUAGUAAAAGAAUAAGUGAAAAAGUCUCCCUGGAAUUCCCCAAAAAGGAAUUCUCAUUUGGGUUUAGAUAAAAUUGCACUAAAGUAAUUUAAGAUGUGCUCUAAAGUGUUUAACAAACUGAAUGUUUGCAUUGAUACAAAGUUAUCAUAACCGGCCAAGAUUCAAUCAAGCAGUAUAUUUAUACCUCAGUUGCUAUCCGUUUGAACUUUGUUUUAAUGAAACUGUCCACCUAUUCAUUGUCUAUUAACCAAAACACUUGGAACUGAAUAACAAUGUUUGUUGAUGCAGUGCAAUGCACAUGAUACCUUUAGUCUGUGCAAGUUUUGGCAAUAAAAUAGCCUUUUCCUUUUAACAUCAUCCUUUCAUGUGGGUUACAGAAGUAAUGCAUAAGUUAUGUUGACCUCAUUUGACUUGUGCAUGUUUUGUAUAUAACACCAUAUGAUGGGACAGACCGUAAUGUGUAUACACUGCAUGGUCCUUAAUGCUCAAAACCUCCAGUAGACAUGUAUAGGUAAACUGCCCUGAUAUAUAUAUUCUAACAUCAUAUGUUAGCCUGUAACUGUAUAUGACUACCAUCUGCUUUACUGUUAGCCCGUACUGGCGAGUAAAAGUAAUGAAAAUGCUUGCAUUGUGUGAAUCACUGUUUUAAGUUACCUUGCUCUGUCUGUGCUGUGCAUGCCCAUGCAGUCAGCUUUUGAGGCAAAUGCACAAAAAGUGACUUGCCAGAUGUUAGGUAUCGAUAUUCAUGCCAAUGCUGGAAUUACGUGUUAGAUAUUCCUAAUCUGAACAUUUGUUGUUUCAUUUUUCUUGACAAAGUAACAAAUCUGUCAUAAAGUAAUAAAACAUGGUCCAGAUUUAAUAGUUGUUUUAUAAUUGAAUCGAAAAUAAAGAUUGUUAUCAUUUACUCAUUCUAAUGUCAUUCCAGACAUCUAGACAACCUGUAUGAAAGAAUGAAAGUUGUUUGGAUCGCAUUGACUCUUAGAUUUUUUAUUUCAUUUUUGUAAUUUAUUUUAUGUGUAUUAUGUUUUACAGAAGGAAGUCAUAAAGGUUUGAAAUAACAUUAGGGUGAGUAAAUAAAGACAGAGUUUAAAUUUGGUAAACUAUCCCUUAGCAUGCUAUAAUAACAUAAAUGGUUUCACUGUUGCACCCUAUAACUCCUUAACCAUUUCCUCAUUUUAUUUGAAGUCAGUAAUUUGUAUGAAGAGGAAGUGCAACUGUUCUCUUGAAAAGUAAAGGGUAUCCGUAAUACUUAGCUGCUUUAAUUGUUGACAUGGAUUAAGUGGUGUUUGCUUCAAAGCAUUCAUUUGUUUAUGAAAGUUUUCAAUAGAUUGGAUGGUAUUUAAUUCGCCUGUAGUGUACAUGGAUUGCAGGGUUAAUAGUAAUUUAAUAAUUUGGAUGACGUCCAUUGUAUUUUUUUUAAAAUUAAAACCAAUAAAAUUUUGAACAAAUUUUAGUUUUUGACCUAUUUGCAUUUCACAGAAGAGUUGUCUAGUCAUUUUGUGGAAUUGCACUUCCCACACGGUUAUAUUUGUCCUACUGAAAUGCUGCAGGGUCUGACCUGUAAUUGGUAUCUUUGUGACCCCUCAAGAAUCUUGAUGUCGUGCCAGAUGAGGCUUGAAAAUCAUUUUUGAUACAUGUGUGUCUGACAAUACUUAUAACCACAUAUGAAUCUAAAGAUGAGUUUCAAUGUUUUGAGUAACUUUAAAUUAGAUUACAAUAUAGGUUUUGUACGAUGUAACUAUUUGUUGGUUCUGUUUGAUGUUUGGAAUGAAAGUUUGUUUGUUCUUUUAUGUAGAGAUUUAUUAAUUUAUGUUCCAUUUCUAUAACCUACUAAUAGUUUUACUACGGUGUACCUGAUUUGAAAUGAUUCCACCAUAAAAAACAACAACAACAAAAAAAAACAACGUGUACAUUCAGGUACAUAAAAUACUUAUUGUUCAUUCCGACUGAGUACUUAUUUUCAGAACAAAGGAAAUGUAUUUUAUUUUUCAGCAAGCUACUUGAAGGUGUAUUGCUCUUCAGCCUUGAAUGUAGCCUGAUACUGCAUCCCUUCACGGAUUAGCCUUUCCAGUUUUGAUGGAAAGGAGAAUGAAUUUAGUCUGCUUUGCUCCUAAUCACGUUUUGUUUGAAAGGAUGUUAAAUUUGCAACUUGCAAUUUUUAAUAUAAUAAAUACAUUGAAAAUGUA